AUGACUAUUAAUGGAUUAUUGAUACCUAGCAAAUUUAUUCUAGUUUCGUGCCAUUUUGUAACAUCACUAAUGGCUUAUUAUGGAGCUGUAUCGAACUCCUCAUCUAUUAGAAAGAAAACAUAUUGGCUAAUUUUCAAAGUAAAACAUAUGAUACCAAUUCUGAUUCGUACAUCUCAGCUUAUAAUUCUAUCAUAUCAUGUAUCAUCCUUGGAUUGAUUGGUCUUGGUAUUGAGAUGAUAUUCAUUAUUACUGGAAUUACAAUGUUUUAUGAUACCAGCAACUUUUUAAGUACUAAUAACCUUAUUUUGAAUAUAGUCAUAUGUUUACAUGCAGUUGGCAUAAUAGUAUACAGUGAGUUUAUUAUUGGAGCAUGGCCUUACUAUGAAUUAUGGUAUUAUUGGGCGGCAUUUAUGUAUGUAUUUUAAAACAUAUUUAGCUUAUUACCAGUUUUAUUAGAGGUUGUAGCAACUUGUUUUGGUAAUAUUUUGUAUGGCACAGCUUUUAAAAGAAGAUUAUCAAGAAAAGGGAAUUGA